ACACAUCAGCAGACAAUGCAAAAUCGGACGACGAACACCGUUUUUACUUUCCCUUUCUCCUCAUCCAAAAACCCUAAUUUCAGCUGAUCCUUCGUGCAUUCGUCGUGGCAGAUUCCAAAUUUCUUGAUUUCGAAACUCUAACCUGCAUCCGAGAUCCGCAGUAAAUCAGGUGACGAGGGAGGAAUCUAAUCUGUGACGACAAAAUGCUCGGCGGAUUGUACGGAGACCUUCCUCCGCCGUCCGAUGAGGACAAGCCCACCACGAACUCCACCAUCUGGUCAAGCAGUACCAAGAUGGCUCCUCCCACCCUCCGUAAGCCACCGGCUUUCGCUCCUCCGACCGUCCUAAGAUCCCAGACCAAGCCCAAAACCCCCGCCAAGCCUCCUCCUUCCUCCCCGUUGGUGAUUCCUCCGGUGAACGACGCGGCGGCGCCAUCGCCAUCGCAGCCGGCGUUGGUGGGUGUGACGUCGACGGUGAUGGAGGAGUACGAUCCGGCGAGGCCGAACGAUUACGAGGAGUACAGGAGGGAGAAGAAGAGGAAAGCUAUGGAGGCCGAGAUGAGGAGGGAGCUGGAGAGGAGACGGCAGGAGGAGGAGGAGAGAGAGCGAAGAGAAAGAGAGGAGAGAGAGAGGGAACGAGAGAGAGAGCGCGAUCACAACGAGGCCCGGCUCAACAUCUCCGGCGAGGAAGCGUGGAGGAGACGCGCCGCCAUGAGUGGAAGCAGUGGGAAGCGAAGAUCUCCGUCUCCUCCGGGGAACAGCGACGGAUUCAACAUCGCAAAGUCAGAGACGAGUGGAUUGGGAGUUGGAGCAGGUGGGCAAAUGACGGCUGCUCAGAGAAUGAUGGCGAAGAUGGGUUGGAAGGAAGGGCAAGGGCUCGGGAAGCAGGAGCAAGGGAUAACGACGCCAUUAAUGGCGAAGAAGACGGAUCGUAGAGCAGGAGUGAUCGUAAAUGCGAGCGAGUCCAAGACGGAGAAGAAGGUUAAGAGUGUCAAUAUCAAUGGAGAACCCACUAGAGUCUUGCUUCUUAGAAACAUGGUUGGUCCUGGAGAGGUAGAUGAUGAACUAGAAGAUGAGGUCGGGUCUGAGUGCUCAAAGUACGGGACUGUCACUCGGGUACUCAUAUUCGAGAUCACGGAACCCAACUUCCCCUCGGACCAAGCAGUCAGAAUCUUUGUCCAGUUUGCGAGAUCCGAAGAAACGACUAAAGCCCUGGUCGACCUCAAUGGCCGGUACUUUGGAGGAAGAGUGGUUCAAGCCUCGUUCUACGACGAGGAGAAAUUCAGUAAGAACGAGUUGGCUCCUCUUCCAGGUGAAAUCCCGGGAUUUUAACCAGUGAUUAGGAACAUCAUGCGCUAGUGUUCUUGAGUAUUUUGCGAGUAGGGUUAUUGGUUUUUGAUACUUGAAACCCUUUCAGAUCUCUGUCUUCUUUUUUUGGUCGCUGUCUGUAAAACAGUAGUUUCAUAAAAUACGAAAUCCCCUUCUUUGUCUGAUUGAA